CAUUGUUAGAUUUUCAAGAAUCGGCGGCGGAUUAUUCUCGCCGGAAAAUGGGGAAAGCUAGAGGAGUUAACAGCGGCGGAGGAGAGAGCUCUCUCGGUUUCGCUGUUGGGAGGUUUAACGCGGGGGUGAGAGAAGGUGAGAGGAUUUUACCGGUGGUUUUGACGGAGAUGGAUGGUGGUGGACUUGGUAGUAAUGAAGGACCGAGAAGGAUUUCUUGGGUUAGAGCUCAUGAGACACCGGAGAUGAGUAGAAAUGGUGGUCGUUCUGGUAAUGGUGGUAGAUUGAGAAGAGCUGUUCGUGGAAUGGUUUCGUUUAUGAGAAGAGUGAGACCAAAUCGUGGCUCUUCGAAUUCGAAUUCGAAUCUUAUUGAUUUGGAUAGUGAUGGCAAAGAAGUAGGAGAUGAGAAGUUAGUUGGCGUUAUUGAUCUGGCAAACAUUACAUACAAGAACCUUGAUGCUCGUGGAUUGAUCACCGGCUUUCAAUUCUUACAAUCUUACUACCCGGAACGCCUUGCAAAAUGCUACAUCUUGCAUAUGCCCGGAUUUUUCGUAGCCGUCUGGAAAUUCGUCUGCUGCUUUCUAGAGAAAGCAACUCAGGAAAAGAUUGUGAUAGUAACGGAUGAAGAAGAACAGAGAAAAUUCGAGGAGGAUAUCGGAGCAGAUGCUUUACCGGAAGAGUACGGUGGCCGAGCUAAGCUCAAUGUUGGUAAAUUCACUAACACUUUAAAAGUCCCAAACUUUUUCUAUCAGCCGCCUCCAAAAUCUCUCUAUCUCUCCACUCCUUCUUCCUUACGGCGGCGACAAUGGCGACGUUCACUCAUCAAACCUCACAAACCCAUUUCCUCUCUCGCCUUCCUCUCAGAGCUAAACCCAGACACUUCUCCGCAAGAGUCAAAAUGUCUCUCCAAGAAUCUGCGCCUUCCCUCGCCGUCGUUGGAGUUACCGGAGCCGUUCGGACAAGAAUUCCUCUCCGUCUUAUCCGAUCGAGACUUCCCUUAUAGCUCCGUCAAGAUGCUUGCAUCGAAACGCUCCGCAGGGAAACGUCUAGCCUUCGAUGGCCGUGAAUACACGGUGGAGGAGCUCACGGCGGAGAGCUUCGACGGCGUAGACAAGGCUUUGUUCAGUGCUGGUGGAUCCAUAAGCAAGGAGUUUGGUCCUCUCGCGGCGGAGAAAGGAACCAUUGUUGUUGAUAAUAGCUCGGCAUUUAGAAUGGUGGAUGGAGUACCGCUUGUGAUUCCGGAAGUGAAUCCAGAAGCAAUGAAAGGGAUUAAAGUGAAGAGAAUGGUGGUUAGUACAUAUCAAGCAGCUAGUGGUGCUGGUGCUGCAGCUAUGGAAGAGCUUGUCAGCAGACUCGCCAGUCUGGUAAGAGGUCUCGCACCACUUUCUUGCUCUUCACAGAAUGACACUGAAGUAAAAGUAACAGCGACGUGUAUACGUGUCCCAGUUAUGCGUGCUCAUGCAGAAAGUGUAAAUCUCCAAUUUGAGAAUCCUCUCGUCUCGAUGAGGUAAUAUAAUACUCAUGAAACCUGUUUUGUAUAGAAUCUGUAUUUCAAGUUCUUGAAGCAUCGGUGUUCUGUAUUUACUAAUGGUUACAGUACAGUCUGUGAAUUCAGGCUGGACAUAUUCAUUUGCGGAGACCAAAUACGGAAAGGAGCCAAGAAUUGUCUCAUCUUUCUAUUUGACCAAUUUUGUUACUUUCUUUCUCCAUUCAUAAAGUAGUCUCUGAAAU